AUGAAGAUCUGGACUUCCGAGCACGUUUUCGACCACCCAUGGGAAAUGGUCACAACAGCGGCCAUGCAGAAGUACCCCAACCCCAUGAACCCCAGUGUGGUCGGCGUGGAUGUAUUGAACAGGCACGUGGAUUCCAGUGGGAAGUUGCACAGUGACCGGCUGCUCAGCACGGAGUGGGGAAUGCCUUCUCUAGUGAAAUCACUUAUUGGGGCAACCAGAUCAAGGACAUAUGUUCAAGAACAUUCGGUGGUUGAUCCUGUUGAAAAAACAAUGGAACUAAAAUCAACAAAUAUCACAUUCACAAAUAUGGUGUCUGUGGAUGAAAGAUUGGUGUACAAGCCACAUCCUCAGGACGACAAAAAGACUGUUCUCACUCAGGAAGCUAUCAUAACUGUGAAAGGUGUCAGUCUGAGCAGCUAUUUAGAGGGAAUGAUGGCCAAUACCAUUUCUACCAAUGCCAAUAAGGGCCGGGAUGCUAUGGAAUGGGUGAUUAGCAAACUAAACUCCGAACUAGAGGAUCUGAAGGCAACCACAAGAGGGGGCAUCAGGACGACCAUGGCAGCAGCGGCCUAUGUAGAGGAUUGA